UUUGGUUUCUUCUCUCCAAGAUUAUUACAGUCCUGCAAUGUUGGGCCUGAAAACUGAUCAGGAAGUCCUUGGAGAACUUGUGAAAAUGAAAGUUCCAGCUGUGGCAGAGCUGAUGGAAAGACAUGGAGUCAUGUGGACCCUAGUGGUGUCACGCUGGUUUAUAUGCUUGUUCAUUGACAUUCUUCCAGUAGAGACUGUGCUCCGAAUAUGGGAUUGUUUAUUCUAUGAAGGGUCAAAGAUCAUCUUCCGCGUGGCCUUAACAUUAAUUAAGCAACACCAAGCUUUUAUUUUGGAAGCCACGAAUUUCCCUGACAUUUGCGAUAAAUUUAAGCAGAUCACCAAAGGAACAUUUGUAACGGAGUGUCACAGCUUCAUGCAGAAAAUAUUCACAGACCCUGGAAGCUUGUCCAUGGCAACAAUCAACAAACUCCGAGAGACUUGCAGAGAGAAAUUGCUUUCUCAGGGAUAACUCGCCAGAUGUAAUGAGGUGGUCAGAUACUACAGCAAUUGACACAUUCCUCUAUUUGCACUGACUAAAGCACACUUUAAGCUUUCCAUGAGUUAACUGACACGACCAAUUUUUCCUGCCUUUCAAGUAAGUGUUGUUAACACUUUGUACUGUAUGUCAGA